AUGGUGUUUGAGGGCUGCACCCCCAACCUGGUGAAGUUCAACACGCUGAUAGACCUGUACGUGAAGACGGGGCAGUGGCAGGAGGCCAUGGGGGUGCUGGACACACUGCAGGAGCACGGCAUCCAGCCCGAGGUGCGCACCUACAACACCAUCAUCACGGCCUGCAACAAGAGCAGCCGCCCAGAGGAGGGGCUGGCCAUACACGAGCGCAUGGUGCGGGCCGGGGUGAAGCCCACCGCCACCACCUACACCGCCCUCAUCAGCGCAUACGGCAAGCAGGGCAAGGUGGCGCAGGCGAUGGGCAUCUUUGCGGACAUGGUGGCGCGCGGCUGCGAGCGCAACGUCAUCACAUACAGCUCCCUCAUCAGCGCAUACGGCAAGCAGGGCAAGGUGGCGCAGGCGAUGGGCAUCUUUGCUGACAUGGUGGCGCGCGGCUGCGAGCGCAACGUCAUCACGUACAGCUCUCUCAUCAGCGCGGCGGAGAAGGCGGGGCGCGCUGACCUGGCGCUGCAGCUGUUUGAGCGCAUGCACCAGGAGGGCUGCCGCCCCAACGUGGUCACCUACAACUCCCUCAUAGCGGCAUGCGCCCACAGUGCGCACUGGGAGGAUGCCGAGCGCUGCUUCCAGCAGAUGGCGGCGCAGGGCUGCACCCCGGACGGCAUCACAUUCUCCGCCCUCAUCACCGCCUUUGAGCGCGGCGGCCAGUGGCGGCGCGCGCUGGGGGCGUACGGCCAGAUGACAGCCCAGGUCGGCAUCCAACACUGA